AUGAUGCUCGCAACCCUUCCACGUCCUUGCUGGCUUGGCAAGAGGCCUAGAAAACCGCACUGGUACAUGUCAUGGAGCCCACAAUUUUCCGUCGUGGAGCUCAAUGACCAAUCAUUCUUGGUUCACUCCCUGACACUUUCCAGCAUAAUCGCAGGUCCGUCAUGGAGCCGGCAAUUUUCCGUCGUGGAGCUCAAUGACCAAUCAUUCUCGGUUCACUCCCUCGCACUUUCCAGCAUAAUCUCAGGUCCGUCAUGGAGCCGGCAAUUUUCCGUCGUGGAGCUCAAUGACCAAUCAUUCUCGGUUCACUCCCUCGCACUUUCCAGCAUAAUCUCAGGUCCGUCAUGGAGCAGGCAAUUUUCCGUCGUGGAGCUCAAUGACCAAUCAUUCUUGGUUCACUCCCUGGCACUUUCCAGCAUAAUUGCAGGUCCGUCAUGGAGCCGGCAAUUUUCCGUCGUGGAGCUCAAUGACCAAUCAUUCUCGGUUCACUCCCUGGCACUUUCCAGCAUAAUUGCAGGUCCGUCAUGGAGCCGGCAAUUUUCCGUCGUGGAGCUCAAUGACCAAUCAUUCUUGGUUCACUCCCUGGCUCUUUCUAGCAUAAUCGCAGGUCCUAAAACGCUCGUUUCGGGCGUUUGUGGCCCCGAGACGCGAAAACAGCCGAACCGGUACAGGUCAUGGAGCCGGCAAUUUUCUGUUGUGGAGCUCAAUGACCAAUCAUUCUCGGUUCACUCCCUGGCACUUUCCAGCAUAAUCGCAGUAAAACACUCGUUUCGGGCGUUUGUGGCCCAGAGACGCGAAAACAGCCGAACUGGUACAUGGAGCCGGCAAUUUUCCGUCGUGGAGCUCAAUGACCAAUCAUUCUCGGUUCACUCCCUCACACUUUCCAGCAUAAUCGCAGACGCGAAAACAGCCGAACCGUACAGGUCAUGGAGCCCGCAAUUUUCCGUUGUGGAGCUCAAUGACCAAUCAUUCUCGGUUCACUCCCUCACACUUUCCAACAUAAUCGCAAGUCCGUCGUGGAGCCGACGAUUUUCCGUCGUGGAGCUCAAUGACCAAUCAUUCUCGGUUCACUCCCUGGCACUUUCCAGCAUAAUCGCAGGUCCGUCAUGGAGCCGGCAAUUUUCCGUCAUGGAGCUCAAUGACUUUUCAUUCUCGGUUCACUCCCUGGCACUUUCCAGCAUAAUCGCAGGUCCGUCAUGGAGCCGGCAAUUUUCCGUCGUGGAGCUCAAUGACCAAUCAUUCUUGGUUCACUCCCUGGCACUUUCCAGCAUAAUCGCAGGUCCGUCAUGGAGCCGGCAAUUUUCCGUCGUGGAGCUCAAUGACCAAUCAUUCUCGGUUCACUCCCUGGCACUUUCCAGCAUAAUCGCAGGUCCGUCAUGGAGCCGGCAAUUUUCCGUCGUGGAGCUCAAUGACCAAUCAUUCUCGGUUCACUCCCUGGCACUUUCCAGCAUAAUCGCAGGUCCGUCAUGGAGCCGGCAAUUUUCCGUCGUGGAGCUCAAUGACCAAUCAUUCUCGGUUCACUCCGUGGCACUUUCCAACAUAAUCGCAGGUCCGUCAUGGAGCCGGCAAUUUUCCGUCGUGGAGCUCAAUGACCAAUCAUUCUCGGUUCACUCCCUGGCACUUUCCAGCAUAAUCGCAGGUCCGUCAUGGAGCCGGCAAUUUUCCGUCGUGGAGCUCAAUGACCAAUCAUUCUCGGUUCACUCCGUGACACUUUCCAGCAUAAUCGCAGGUCAUGGAGCCGGCAAUUUUCCGUCGUGGAGCUCAAUGACCAAUCAUUCUCGGUUCACUCCUGACACUUUCCAGCAUAAUUGCAGGUCAUGGAGCCCGCAAUUUUCCGCCGUGGAGCUUGAUGACCAAUCAUUCUCGGUUCACUCCGUGACACUUUCCAGCAUAAUCGCAGAACAGCCGAACCGGUACAUGUCAUGGAGCAGGCAAUUUUCCGUCGUGGAGCUCAAUGACCAAUCAUUCUCGGUUCACUCCCUGGCACUUUCCAGCAUAAUCGCAGGUCCGUCAUGGAGCCGGCAAUUUUCCGUCGUGGAGCUCAAUGACCAAUCAUUCUCGGUUCACUCCCUGGCACUUUCCAGCAUAAUCGCAGGUCCUAAAACGCUCGUUUCGGGCGUUUGUGGCCCCGAGACGCGAAAACAGCCGAACCGGUACAGGUCAUGGAGCCGGCAAUUUUCCGUCGUGGAGCUCAAUGACCAAUCAUUCUUGGUUCACUCCCUGGCACUUUCCAGCAUAAUCGCAGGUCCGUCAUGGAGCCGGCAAUUUUCCGUCGUGGAGCUCAAUGACCAAUCAUUCUCGGUUCACUCCCUCGCACUUUCCAGCAUAAUCUCAGGUCCGUCAUGGAGUAGGCAAUUUUCCGUCGUGGAGCUCAAUGACCAAUCAUUCUCGGUUAACUCCUUUGCACUUUCCAGCAUAAUCGCAGGUCAUGGAGCCGGCAAUUUUCCGUCGUGGAGCUCAAUGACCAAUCAUUCUCGGUUCACUCCCUGGCACUUCCACAUAAUCGCAGGUCCGUCAUGGAGCCGGCAAUUUUCCGUCGUGGAGCUCAAUGACCAAUCAUUCUCGGUUCACUCCCUGGCACUUUCCAGCAUAAUCGCAGGUCCGUCAUGGAGCCGGCAAUUUUCCGUCGUGGAGCUCAAUGACCAAUCAUUCUCGGUUCACUCCCUGGCACUUUCCAGCAUAAUCGCAGGUCCGUCAUGGAGCCGGCAAUUUUCCGUCGUGGAGCUCAAUGACCAAUCAUUCUCGGUUCACUCCCUGGCACUUUCCAGCAUAAUCGCAGGUCCGUCAUGGAGCCGGCAAUUUUCCGUCGUGGAGCUCAAUGACCAAUCAUUCUCGGUUCACUCCCUGGCACUUUCUAGUACGCGAAAACAGCCGAACCGGUACAGGUCAUGGAGCCGGCAAUUUUCCGUUGUGGAGCUCAAUGACCAAUCAUUCUCGGUUCACUCUCUGGCCCUUUCCAGCAUAAUCGAACUGAACCGGUACGGGUUAUGGAGCCGGCAAUUUUCCGUCGUGGAGCUCAAUGACCAAUCAUUCUCGGUUCACUCCCUGGCACUUUCCAGCAUAAUUGCAGGUCCGUCAUGGAGCCGGCAAUUUUCCGUCGUGGAGCUCAAUGACCAAUCAUUCUUGGUUCACUCCCUGGCUCUUUCUAGCAUAAUCGCAGGUCCUAAAACGCUCGUUUCGGGCGUUUGUGGCCCCGAGACGCGAAAACAGCCGAACCGGUACAGGUCAUGGAGCCGGCAAUUUUCCGUCGUGGAGCUCAAUGACCAAUCAUUCUCGGUUCACUCCCUGGCACUUUCCAGCAUAAUCGCAGGUCCGUCAUGGAGCCGGCAAUUUUCCGUCGUGAAGUUCAAUAACCAAUCAUUCUCGGUUCACUCCCUGGCACUUUCCAGCAUAAUCGAAGAGACGCGAAAACAGCCGAACUGGUACAGGUCAUGGAGCCGGCAAUUUUCCGUCGUGGAGCUCAAUGACCAAUCAUUCUCGGUUCACUCCCUGACACUUUCCAGCAUAAUCGCAGACGCGAAAACAGCCGAACCGUACAGGUCAUGGAGCCCGCAAUUUUCCGUUGUGGAGCUCAAUGACCAAUCAUUCUCGGUUCACUCCCUCACACUUUCCAGCAUAAUCGCAAGUCCGUCGUGGAGCCGACGAUUUUCCGUCGUGGAGCUCAAUGACCAAUCAUUCUCGGUUCACUCCCUGGCACUUUCCAGCAUAAUCGCAGGUCCGUCCUGGAGCCGGCGAUUUUCUGUCAUGGAGCUCAAUGACCAAUCAUUCUCGGUUCACUCCCUGGCACUUUCCAGCAUAAUCGCAGGUCCGUCAUGGAGCCGGCAAUUUUCCGUCGUGGAGCUCAAUGAUCAAUCAUUCUCUGUUCACGCCCUGGCACUUUCCAGCAUAAUCGCAGGUCCGUCAUGGAGCCGGCAAUUUUCCGUCGUGGAGCUCAAUGACCAAUCAUUCUCGGUUCACUCCCUGGCACUUUCCAGCAUAAUUGCAGUUCACUCCGUGGCACUUUCCAGCAUAAUCACAAGUCCGUCAUGGAGCCGGCAAUUUUCCGUCGUGGAGCUCAAUGACCAAUCAUUCUCGGUUCACUCCCUGGCACUUUCCAGCAUAAUCGCAGGUCCGUCAUGGAGCCGGCAAUUUUCCGUCGUGGAGCUCAAUGACCAAUCAUUCUUGGUUCACUCCCUGGCACUUUCCAGCAUAAUCGCAGGUCCGUCAUGGAGCCGGCAAUUUUCCGUCGUGGAGCUCAAUGACCAAUCAUUCUCGGUUCACUCCCUGGCACUUUCCAGCAUAAUCGCAGGUCCGUCAUGGAGCCGGCAAUUUUCCGUCGUGGAGCUCAGUGACCAAUCAUUCUCGGUUCACCUCUUGGCACUUUCCAGCAUAAUCGCAGGUCCGUCAUGGAGCCGGCAAUUUUCCGUCGUGGAGCUCAAUGACCAAUCAUUCUCGGUUCACUCCCUGGCACUUUCCAGCAUAAUCGCAGGUCCGUCAUGGAGCCGGCAAUUUUCCGUCGUGGAGCUCAAUGACCAAUCAUUCUCGGUUCACUCCGUGACACUUUCCAGCAUAAUCGCAGGUCCGUCAUGGAGCCGGCAAUUUUCCGUCGUGGAGCUCAAUGACCAAUCAUUCUCGGUUCACUCCCUGGCACUUUCCAGCAUAAUCGCAGGUCCGUCAUGGAGCCGGCAAUUUCCCGUCGUGGAGCUUGAUGACCAAUCAUUCUCGGUUCACUCCGUGACACUUUCCAGCAUAAUUGCAGGUCCGUCAUGGAGCCGGCAAUUUUCCGUCGUGGAGCUCAAUGACCAAUCAUUCUCGGUUCACUCCCUGGCACUUUCCAGCAUAAUCGCAGAACAGCCGAACCGGUACAUGUCAUGGAGCAGGCAAUUUUCCGUCGUGGAGCUCAAUGACCAAUCAUUCUCGGUUCACUCCCUGGCACUUUCCAGCAUAAUCGCAGGUCCGUCAUGGAGCCCGCAAUUUUCCGUCGUGGAGCUUGAUGACCAAUCAUUCUCGGUUCACUCCGUGACACUUUCCAGCAUAAUCGCAGGUCCGUCAUGGAGCCGGCAAUUUUCCGUCGUGGAGCUCAAUGACCAAUCAUUCUCGGUUCACUCCCUGGCACUUUCCAGCAUAAUCGCAGGUCCGUCAUGGAGCCCGCAAUUUUCCGUUGUGGAGCUCAAUGACCAAUCAUUCUCGAAUCACUCCCUAGCACUUUCCAGCAUAAUCGCAGAACAGCCGAACCGGUACAUGUCAUGGAGCAGGCAAUUUUCCGUCGUGGAGCUCAAUGACCAAUCAUUCUCGGUUCACUCCCUGGCACUUUCCAGCAUAAUCGCAGGUCCGUCAUGGAGCCGGCAAUUUUCCGUCGUGGAGCUCAAUGACCAAUCAUUCUCGGUUCACUCCCUGGCACUUUCCAGCAUAAUCGCAGUUUGUGGCCCCGAGACGCGAAAACAGCCGCACUGGUACAGGUCAUGGAGCCGGCAAUUUUCCGUCGUGGAGCUCAAUGACCAAUCAUUCUCGGUUCACUCCCUGGCACUUUCCAGCAUAAUUGCAGGUCCUAAAACGCUCGUUUCGGGCGUUUGUGGCCCCGAGACGCGAAAACAGCCGAACCGGUACAGGUCAUGGAGCCGGCAAUUUUCCGUCGUGGAGCUCAAUGACCAAUCAUUCUCGGUUCACUCCCUGGCACUUUCCAGCAUAAUCCUAGCACUUUCCAGCAUAAUCGCAGCACUUUCCAGCAUAAUCGCAGGUCCGUCAUGGAGCCGGCAAUUUUCCGUCGUGGAGCUCAAUGACCAAUCAUUCUCGGUUCACUCCCUAGCACUUUCCAGCAUAAUCGCAGGUCCGUCAUGGAGCCGGCAAUUUUCUGUCGUGGAGCUCAAUGACCAAUCAUUCUCGGUUCACUCCCUGGCACUUUCCAGCAUAAUUGCAGUUCACUCCCUGGCACUUUCCAGAAUAAUCCUAGGUCAUGGAGCAGGCAAUUUUCCGAAGCUCAAUGACCAAUCAUUCUCGGUUCACUCCCUGGCACUUUCCAGCAUAAUCCCAGGUCCGUCAUGGAGCAGGCAAUUUUCCGUCGUGGAGCUCAAUGACCAAUCAUUCUCGGUUCACUCCCUGGCACUUUCCAGCAUAAUCGCAGGUCCUAAAACGCUCGUUUCGGGCGUUUGUGGCCCCGAGACGCGAAAACAGCCGAACCGGUACAGGUCAUGGAGCCGGCAAUUUUCCGUCGUGGAGCUCAAUGACCAAUCAUUCUCGGUUCACUCCCUGGCACUUUCCAGCAUAAUCGCAGCACUUUCCAGCAUAAUCGCAGCCGCACCGGUACAGGUCAUGGAGCAGGCAAUUUUCCGUCGUGAGCUCAACAACCAAUCAUUCUCGGUUCACUCCCUGGCACUUUCCAGCAUAAUCGGAGGUCCGUCAUGGAGCCGGCAAUUUUCCGUUGUGGAGCUCAAUGACCAAUCAUUCUCGGUUCACUCCCUGGCACUUUCCAGCAUAAUCGCAGGUCCGUCAUGGAGCCGGCAAUUUUCCGUCGUGGAGCUCAAUGACCAAUCAUUCUCGGUUCACUCCCUGGCACUUUCCAGCAUAAUCGCAGGUCCGUCAUGGAGCCGGCAAUUUUCCGUCGUGAAGUUCAAUGACCAAUCAUUCUCGGUUCACUCCCUGGCACUUUCCAGCAUAAUCGCAGGUCCGUCAUGGAGCCGGCAAUUUUCCGUCGUGGAGCUCAAUGACCAAUCAUUCUCGGUUCACUCCCUGGCACUUUCCAGCAUAAUCGCAGAGACGCGAAAACAGCCGAACUGGUACAGGUCAUGGAGCCGGCAAUUUUCCGUCGUGGAGCUCAAUGACCAAUCAUUCUCGGUUCACUCCCUGACACUUUCCAGCAUAAUCGCAGACGCGAAAACAGCCGAACCGUACAGGUCAUGGAGCCCGCAAUUUUCCGUUGUGGAGCUCAAUGACCAAUCAUUCUCGGUUCACUCCCUAACACUUUCCAGCAUAAUCGCAGGUCCGUUAUGGAGCCGGCAAUUUUCUGUCGUGGAGCUCAAUGACCAAUCAUUCUCGGUUCACUCCCUGGCACUUUCCAGCAUAAUCGCAGGUCCGUCAUGGAGCCGGCAAUUUUCCGUCGUGGAGCUCAAUGAUCAAUCAUUCUCUGUUCACGCCCUGGCACUUUCCAGCAUAAUCGCAGGUCCGUCAUGGAGCCGGCAAUUUUCCGUCGUGGAGCUCAAUGACCAAUCAUUCUCGGUUCACUCCCUGGCACUUUCCAGCAUAAUCACAAGUCCGUCAUGGAGCCGGCAAUUUUCCGUCGUGGAGCUCAAUGACCAAUCAUUCUCGGUUCACUCCCUGGCACUUUCCAGCAUAAUUGGAGGUCCGUCAUGGAGCCGGCAAUUUUCCGUCGUGGAGCUCAAUGACCAAUCAUUCUUGGUUCACUCCCUGGCACUUUCCAGCAUAAUCGCAGGUCCGUCAUGGAGCCGGCAAUUUUCCGUCGUGGAGCUCAAUGACCAAUCAUUCUCGGUUCACUCCCUGGCACUUUCCAGCAUAAUCGCAGGUCCGUCAUGGAGCCGGCAAUUUUCCGUCGUGGAGCUCAAUGACCAAUCAUUCUCGGUUCACUCCCUGGCACUUUCCAGCAUAAUCGCAGGUCCGUCAUGGAGCCGGCAAUUUUCCGUCGUGGAGCUUAGUGACCAAUCAUUCUCGGUUCACUCCCUGGCACUUUCCAGCAUAAUCGCAGGUCCGUCAUGGAGCCGGCAAUUUUCCGUCGUGGAGCUCAAUGACCAAUCAUUCUCGGUUCACUCCCUGGCACUUUCCAGCAUAAUUGCAGGUCCGUCAUGGAGCCGGCAAUUUUCCGUCGUGGAGCUCAAUGACCAAUCAUUCUCGGUUCACCCCGUGACACUUUCCAGCAUAAUCGCAGGUCCGUCAUGGAGCCGGCAAUUUUCCGUCGUGGAGCUUGAUGACCAAUCAUUCUCGGUUCACUCCCUGGCACUUUCCAGCAUAAUCGCAGGUCCGUCAUGGAGCCGGCAAUUUUCCGUCGUGGAGCUUGAUGACCAAUCAUUCUCGGUUCACUCCGUGACACUUUCCAGCAUAAUCGCAGGUCCGUCAUGGAGCCGGCAAUUUUCCGUCGUGGAGCUCAAUGACCAAUCAUUCUUGGUUCACUCCCUGGCACUUUCCAGCAUAAUCGCAGGUCCGUCAUGGAGCCCGCAAUUUUCCGUUGUGGAGCUCAAUGACCAAUCAUUCUCGAAUCACUCCCUAGCACUUUCCAGCAUAAUCGCAGAACAGCCGAACCGGUACAUGUCAUGGAGCAGGCAAUUUUCCGUCGUGGAGCUCAAUGACCAAUCAUUCUCGGUUCACUCCCUGGCACUUUCCAGCAUAAUCGCAGGUCCGUCAUGGAGCCCGCAAUUUUCCGUCGUGGAGCUUGAUGACCAAUCAUUCUCGGUUCACUCCGUGACACUUUCCAGCAUAAUCGCAGGUCCGUCAUGGAGCCGGCAAUUUUCCGUCGUGGAGCUCAAUGACCAAUCAUUCUCGGUUCACUCCCUGGCACUUUCCAGCAUAAUCGCAGGUCCGUCAUGGAGCCGGCAAUCUUUCGUCGUGGAGCUCAAUGACCAAUCAUUCUCGGUUCACUCCCUGGCACUUUCCAGCAUAAUCGCAGGUCCGUCAUGGAGCAGGCAAUUUUCCGUCGUGGAGCUCAAUGACCAAUCAUUCUCGGUUCACUCCCUGGCACUUUCCAGCAUAAUCGCAGCACUUUCCAGCAUAAUCGCAGCCGAACUGGUACAGGUCAUGGAGCCGGCAAUUUUCCGUUGUGAGCUCAAUGACCAAUCAUUCUCGGUUCACUCCCUGGCACUUUCCAGCAUAAUCGGAGGUCCGUCAUGGAGCAGGCAAUUUUCUGUCGUGGAGCUCAAUGACCAAUCAUUCUCGGUUCACUCCCUGGCACUUUCCAGCAUAAUCGCAGGUCCGUCAUGGAGCCGGCAAUUUUCCGUCGUGGAGCUCAAUGACCAAUCAUUCUCGGUUCACUCCCUGGCACUUUCCAGCAUAAUCGCAGGUCCGUCAUGGAGCCGGCAAUUUUCCGUCGUGGAGCUCAAUGACCAAUCAUUCUCGGUUCACUCCCUGGCACUUUCCAGCAUAAUCGCAGGUCCGCAAUUUUCCGUCGUGGAGCUCAAUGACCAAUCAUUCUCGGUUCACUCCCUGGCACUUUCCAGCAUAAUCGCAGGUCCGUCAUGGAGCAGGCAAUUUUCCGUCGUGGAGCUCAAUGACCAAUCAUUCUCGGUUCACUCCCUGGCACUUUCCAGCAUAAUCGCAGGUCCUAAAACGCUCGUUUCGGGCGUUUGUGGCCCCGAGACGCGAAAACAGCCGAACCGGUACAGGUCAUGGAGCCGGCAAUUUUCCGUCGUGGAGCUCGAUGACCAAUCAUUCUCGGUUCACUCCCUGGCACUUUCCAGCAUAAUCGCAGGUCCGUCAUGGAGCCGGCAAUUUUCCGUCGUGGAGCUCAAUGACCAAUCAUUCUCGGUUCACUCCCUGGCACUUUCCAGCAUAAUCGCAGGUCCGUCAUGGAGCCGGCAAUUUUCCGUCGUGGAGCUCAAUGACCAAUCAUUCUCGGUUCACUCCCUGGCACUUUCCAGCAUAAUCGCAGUGCUCGUUUCGGGCGUUUGUGGCCCCGAGACGCGAAAACAGCCGAACCGGUACAGGUCAUGGAGCCGGCAAUUUUCCGUCGUGGAGCUCAAUGACCAAUCAUUCUCGGUUCACUCCCUGGCACUUUCCAGCAUAAUCGCAGGUCUGUCAUGGAGCCGGCAAUUUUCCGUCGUGGAGCUCAAUGACCAAUCAUUCUCGGUUCACUCCCUGGCACUUUCCAGCAUAAUCGCAGGCCCCGAGACGCGAAAACAGCCGCACCGAUACAGGUCACGGAGCAGGCAAUUUUCCGUCGUGGAGCUCAAUGACCAAUCAUUCUCGGUUCACUCCCUAGCACUUUCCAGCAUAAUUGCAGGUCCUAAAACGCUCGUUUCGGGCGUUUGUGGCCCCGAGACGCGAAAACAGCCGAACCGGUACAGGUCAUGGAGCCGGCAAUUUUCCGUCGUGGAGCUCAAUAACCAAUCAUUCUCAAUUCACUCCCUGGCACUUUCCAGCAUAAUUGCAGGUCCGUCAUGGAGCAGGCAAUUUUCCGUCGUGGAGCUCAAUGACCAAUCAUUCUCGGUUCACUCCCUGGCACUUUCCAGCAUAAUCGGAGGUCCGUCAUGGAGCCGGCAAUUUUCCGUCGUGGAGCUCAAUGACCAAUCAUUCUCGGUUCACUCCCUGGCACUUUCCAGCAUAAUCGCAGGCUAA